AUGGAAAGGGAGGUCCUCUGCGCAGAGAAGGUAAUUGCAGAAACAAAGUGCAAAACGCUUCAACAGAGGCUGGAGACAGAGGGAAAGGAACUGUUGUUAAUGCAGGACAAAAUUACUUCGCUGGAGACGGAUAAGAGGGAGCUAACAGAAGCACUUGAGUCUGCAAAGAAUGCAACUGCGGCAAUACAAGCCAUGCAUGAAAGGGUAUGGAAAUUUUUGGUCGUGAUAAUAGGGAUGUAUUGACUGUGAACGAAAAUUUCCCCUAUGUUUGAGGAUGUAAUGUUUAGGAAAUUAUCACCCGUAUUCUUGUCACAGUAAAAAGAUUUGAUUAUUGCAUGCAUGCACACUCAACUGAGCCCGAAAGAAGUAAAGGACCACAUAAUUAUGUAAUCUUUUGGGACAUAUGGCGUCUUGAUCUCAUUAUUUGAACCAAACAAAAUUGUCAGACACCACAACAAAAAUGAAAUAAAACCAAACUGUAAGCUCCUGAUAACAUAGAUCCAAUGGACCGCUGAUGUUGAUUAACUCUUCUAUUUUCUUUCUCUUACUCUAGAAUGCAGAUUCAAAGAAUGUAACUGAUAUUGCCCCAUUGAAGAAAACCAUAAGCAGUUCUUUAACAGGUAUAGAGAAUCAGUUGUAUGAGCACAACAGUAGACUAUCGACCAUAGAAACAUGCCUGUGUAACAUGUUCAAUAGUGUGUCAACACCAGACUCUUCUUUCAAUGAAUCAUCCACUGUCUUUCCUACUGAACCUCCGACACAUGCUAACAUAAGUUUACUUGCCGAGGAAGAUGCAUCUUUCCCAGCUGUCACACACAACAAACACCACCUCUCAACCCGAAACAAACCGCCACCGCCACCUCUAUUUCCUCUUUGGUGUUUAGUCUGCGGCAAGAGAAAGCCAGAAAAAUUUAAAAAAAAGAAGCAAGGGACAGAAGUCAGUAUGUCCGUGGAAGUAUGGAUGUCUUGUUUACACCAGAAGAAAUGGCAGUGUCAAAUUUGGAUGGGAAAAGAAAUAA